AUGUCAUCUGCUGCAAUCCGCACAUCAAUGAGGAUGGCCUCGCGGCCUCAACAACGGCUCGCUAGCAUCCAGCGACAGUUCAGUAGCUCAUCACCACAAAGGAAGGAGGUUCGAGAUGCAUAUAUCAUCAGCGCCAGCCGAACACCGACUGCAUUCAAUGGCAAUUUCACGACCGUAUCCGCGACACAGCUCGGCGCCACAGCCAUCAAGUCCGCACUCGACAAGUCAAAAGUUCCCAUUUCCUCGAUAGAUGCUGUGUACAUGGGCAAUGUACUCUCCGCAGGCGUCGGACAAGCGCCGGCACGUCAAGCUGCCAUUUUCGCGGGCCUACCCACAAAUAUUGAGGCUACUACCAUCAACAAAGUAUGCGCAUCAGGAUUGAAGGCUGUGAACAUUGCCGCUUCGACCAUUGAACUUGGUCAGGCCGAAGCGCAGGUCGCGGGAGGAAUGGAGAACAUGACACGGGUACCGUACUAUCUGAACAGGGCAAGCCAGCAGCCCGCAUUCGGACACCAGAAGCUGCAGGACGGCUUAAUCGCCGAUGGUCUCUGGGAUGUCUACAACCAAAUCCACAUGGGAAACUGCGCGGAGAACACUGCCAAGAAGUACCAGGUUUCGCGACAGGAUCAGGACGACUACGCGAUCGAGACAUACAAGCGCGCGCAACAGGCAUACAAGGACGGACUCUUCAAAGAUGAGAUUGUGCCAGUUACAGUCAAGUCGAAGAAGGGAGAAGUCGUCAUUUCCGAAGAUGAACAGUACAACAAGCUCAAGCUUGACAAGGUCGCGACUUUGAAGCCAGCCUUCGACAAGGGACCAGAUGCUAGUGUUACAGCGGCAAACAGCUCGCCUCUCAGUGACGGCGCAUCAGCACUGGUACUGGGAAGCAAGGAGAUUGCCCAAAAGUAUGGCAAGGACAGCCGCGUUCUCGCCAAGGUUGUAACCUACGCCGAUGCAUCUCUUGACCCCAUCGACUUCCCCGUUGCGCCUGCAUCCUGCGUUGAGAAACUACUCAAGCAAUCCGGCCUCUCAAAGAACGACAUCUCCAUCUGGGAGUUCAACGAAGCCUUUGCCGCCGUCAUCAAAGCCAAUGCAAAGAUCCUUGGUCUCGGCACAGAGAAUGUAAACCCAAGAGGUGGCGCUAUCGCUCUCGGACACGCACUGGGUAGUUCUGGUAGCAGAAUCUUGGUGACACUAUUGCACCAGUUGGAAGUCGGACAGUAUGGUGCUGCUGUCAUCUGCAAUGGCGGUGGUGCGGCAUCAGGCAUUAUCGUGCAGCGGGUCGGCGCGGAUCAGCUAUAAAAUGACGCGUGCCAUGUUAAUUAGUUGGGAUAUUCUAAAAAAAAUGUAAAAUAAAUGAUCCAUAUCAUGUUUUCGUUUC